UUUGCACUGUUGACUGUGUCACACAGUUAAAUUUCGUUAUUUGUUAUUUUUUUGUAAAUUCUGUAAAACUGAUCAUAUUUUGAAAUGCCAAUUUACGAAGGAAUUGGUAUCAUUAACGAGAAAUAUCCCGUGGUUUUGGAAAUUGGGAGAUACUUGACAAAGGCUGGAUUUGCAGGAGAAUCGAGUCCAAGAUGUGUCAUACCUUCAAAGAUAAAGACAAAAGACGCGGCCGGCUCCCGUCGCCUAUCGGAUUUCAAAGAUUCGGCAGACCUGUAUCAAAUGCUGGUGGAAUUUUUGCACCACUUAUAUUGCAAAUAUCUUCUAGUAACUCCGAAAGAUCGCAAAGUUGUUGUUGUGGAAUCUCUUUUCGCUACAACCAUUUGGCGACAGACCUUAGCUAAGGUGCUGUAUUUACAUUACGAAGUUCUCACCGUUCUCUGGAUUCCAAGCCCAAUAGCUUCCGUAAGCAGUACGAAUCAGGACACUGCACUCAUCGUAGACUUUGGAUCGGAGGAAGUUCAAAUUAUUCCCGUCUUUAAAGGAGUGACCAUUCUAUGUGGGGUCGUGUGCCAUGAACUGGGUGCAGAUACUUUCGACAAGGAAUUAAAAUCUAUUUUGAUGGACAAUUGCUUGAAUAAUUCCAACAAAGAAGAGUUGGACCGCUGCCUCACCCCCGCAAAAGUAGAAGACAUCAGAGUUCGAUGCUGUGUAGUGACCAGUUCGUCAAGAGCUGCACAGAUUCAGCGACCUGAGGAUAUCACACUCACUAAAUUUAAGCCUUUCCUUUACGAAUUAGAUGGACAAAACUUUCUCCAGUUUCAUGGAAUCGCUAGAGAAAAACCUUCUGAAGUUUGGUUUAAAAAUGACGACCGAGAUGGAAUCUCCAUCCCUUUAAUGAUUCUUCAAGUUCUGUCCAUAUGCCCUGUCGAUACGAGGAAACCUUUGGCAGCAAAUAUCCUCAUCACCGGUGGGACAGGAAUGCUUCCCGGACUGCGGGGUCGACUUUUAAAGGAAUUAAAGACAUUGACAGCCAAUUCGGCCGACACAUUGAUGAACGACCCAGUAUUGCAAGAAAGAUUCGCAAACGGAAAUUACGAGUUUAAAAUGUAUGAUCCUCCCGUGAAGCCAAAUUGUAUGGCAUGGCUUGGAGGCACUCUAUAUGGGGCGACAGAGGCGUUGGGUCUUCGUGGUAUAAAUAAGGAAUUCUUCUUAAAACAUGGGCUCAUUCCUGAUUGGUGCGACCUGCAAUUCGACAUGGUGAACGCGAAUGGAAGUCCUGUCAUCAGUAGAGGAUGACAGCAUUAUUUAUUACAUAGGUAAUUAAAUAUAUAAUAGCAUUUUCUAAUUUCACAAUAUAAUUUAUUUCUGUUGAUGGCAAUGAUAAUAAAUAAAUAAGUUUAAACAAG